ACAUACUUUAGAUUCUAAAGUAGUUAGUUUUAUGUUCAAUGGGUAAAAAAUUUAAGUUUCAACUUAUGAUUCAUUUUCUCGUUCUAAUUACGUCAUGGAUUUGAUUUUUAGGAGGAAGGACCGAGUCCAACUACAGCUGGAAUGUCUUGGCGAAGAGCACGUGGGCUAUCAACGGCUGGAUUAUCCUAUCUUAAAGCUAAGUAUUGUUGGUGGACGGCCAUUUUCUUGUGGUGGUGAGCAGUUGUGUAGGACAAGGCUGCUGGCUGCAAGAUUUGGCGUCCAUGACAUGGAAGGAAGUGCAAAGAGAAUCUAUGAAGCUGCUUUAGGCACACCCGAUGGUCAUUUGAUUAUAUUUCUUGCUCAUAAUGGUCCCACAGGUCUAGGUUCUAAUGUGAACGACAUCUGUGGGAGAGAUUGGGUGUUUGGAGGUGGUGACCACGGUGAUCCAGACUUAGCAUGUGCUAUUUCCCAGUUGAAGGAGACAACCAAAUUAUCUAUCCCUUUGGUUGUGUUUGGUCACAUGCACAAAGAACUGGCUUAUGGAAAUGGAAUUCGAAAGAUGAUAGUGGUUGGGGCUGACAACACUAUAUACCUAAAUGGUGCCAUUGUUCCUAGAGUUAAAAGAUUGGUGGCUGAUGAACAAGCUACAAACAGAAAAACCUUAAUGAAUAAUGAAACCUCAGUUUCUACACCAAAUGCAAUAGGCACGGUACGAGCUUUCACUUUGGUAGAGAUAUCGGAUGGAAAAUUGAAGAAGAUAGCAGAAGCUUGGGUUUCUGUUAUCGGAGACAAGACAGCAUUAGAAGAGGAGUGCAUACUAUACAGCAGAGGUCGAGGCACCGAGAUUUCUGUGUAGUGGAUUCCCUUUUAGCAUGGCUUGUCAUACACUUGAGGUGACUUAACCUUUUGUGUCCAUUGCCCUUGCAUGACCUAUAUAUAUUAACGAGAUGCAUGCUUUCGAUACCCAUAUGUAUAUUUACUGUUUUGCCCCUUCAUAGAAAUAUAUUUUCUUUGUGCUAUAGCAUGUUACCUUGCAGCACUGAUUUGUUGAUCGAUUUGUGUUCCCAAAAUCUGAAACGCGAUUGUGGUUAUGAUUCAUAGAA